AUGAAGAUUGCUGAGCUUGCCGCCAUUCCGGCCAGUUUGACUGGUGAUUUCCGUGCGAAGGAAUCACAUGUCCUGGAUCUCGACGAGCACCUAACUCUGAGAACGUACCAUAAUGGCUACAAGCUCAGCGAGCUUGACGAGAAGAUAUGGGUUGCCCUUGCUAGCAACCGAGCCGCUGUGCCCUUUAUUCGCAAGGGAAACUUCAGAUUGCGACUGGAUGAUACCAAUCGGACGAAGGAGAAAGAGGAGUAUCAGGAUGCUAUCAUUGAGGAUCUAGCCCGGAUGGGGAUUCACGCCGACAAAUUGACCUAUACAUCCGACUACUUCUAG